GCUGGGGAACAUGGUUGGGAUUGUUUUGAUGGGACGGUGGCGGAGCCAUCUUGUUUUAUAUCCGUCCUAAGCCCGUUUACCGAGCCAGAGGAAACAGCCAUGGAAUAUGACACUAUAUCCCGACCCUAGCCAACUGAAAUCAACACAUCCGAGUACCGAAGCUUAUUUAUGAUCGACGGAAUAUACACAGCACGCGGAAUCUGCUGUUCGUUGUGAUUUAUUUCUCCACAUCGGCGGCUGCUGCUUUAACUGCAUUUCCACUCGCACAUUUUCUCCGGUGUAAGAUACUAUGAAUGGAGGAUAAAUGUUGCCGAAGGCUGACAGCGGUGGUUUUGUGCUUCUCCUCUUCAUUCUGACAAUAACAGAUCCGUCACGGACAGGUCCACGGCUCGCUCUGGCCAGACUGUUGUCAGACCUGCGCUGCAAUCCUGGCCAGUUUGCCUGCCGGAGUGGAAAAAUGCAGUGCAUCCCUCUGUCCUGGCAGUGCGAUGGAUGGACGGCCUGUGAGGACAAAAGCGAUGAGAUAGAUUGCCCUACAAUAAAGGAGGAGCGCUAUCGCUACAGCAAUGGCUUUGAGCCGGUGGAGGAUGUCAUGGGAGUCGCUCAGCCAGUGCGCUUCAACAGGAAGUGUCCGAGCGGCUGGCACCACUAUGAAAAGACAGCCAGCUGUUAUAAAGUCUACCUGAGGAGCGAGAACUACUGGCAGGCGGUGGAAACCUGUCAGAAGGUCAACGGCUCCCUCGCGACGUUCGGCACCAAUGAAGAGCUGCAGUUCAUCCUCAAGAUCGAGGUGGACUUCGACGAGAACGUGUGCGAGCGAAAGGACCAGUGCAAGUUCUGGGUGGGAUAUCAGUAUGUGAUUUCCAACCAGAAUCAUUCGCUCGAGGGCCGCUGGGAAGUGGCGUAUAAAGGGUCCAUGCAGGUGUUUUUGCCUCCGGAGGGUCUGGCUAAUUUGGGCGAGGCGAACCCAACCCAGGAUAACGUGUUCUGCGCCCAGCUGCAGCGCUUUCAGAUCAAGAGCAUGAACGAGCGGGGCUUGCACAGCUGGCACGCCGAAAACUGCUAUAAAAAAUUCCCCUUCCUCUGCAAGAGAAGACAAACGUGUGUGGACAUCAGAGACAACGUGGUGAACGAGGGCUAUUAUUUCACGCCUAAAGGGGACGACCCGUGUCUGAGCUGCACGUGCCACGACGGCGAGCCGGAGAUGUGUGUGGCCGCCCUGUGUGAGCGUCCGCAGGGCUGCCAGCAUUUCCGCAAGGACCCUAAAGAGUGUUGCAAGUUCACCUGCUUGGAUCCCGACGGCAGCAGUCUGUUUGACUCGAUGGCGAGCGGCAUGAGGCUCAUCGUGAGCUGCAUCUCGUCCUUCCUCAUCCUCUCGCUGCUGCUCUUCAUGGUGCACAGACUGAGGCAGCGCCGGCGGGAACGCAUCGAAACCCUCAUUGGAGGAAACCUGCAUCAUUUUAAUCUGGGUCGGAGGGUCCCUGGCUUUGACUACGGGCCGGAUGCAUUCGGGACGGGCCUGACACCUCUGCACCUCUCUGAUGAUGGUGAAGGUGGAGCGUUCCACUUCCAGGAGCCUCCGCCCCCUUAUGCUGCUUACAAAUACCCAGAUAUCCACCACCCCGACGACCCUCCUCCUUCAUAUGAGGCCUCCAUCAACCCAGACAGCAUCCUCUACAUGGACCUCAGACGGACCGGGGUUCCGCUCGCGACUGGUCACAUGAGCGGCACGGCUGACUCUCUCCAGAGGGAUUUCCCCGAGCCUGCGCUCCCCGCCCCGCCGCCCCUGGAGGAGCGCGAGGACUCCAUCGACAGCAGCACCCUGCUGGUGUCUCCAGACACCCCCAGCGAAUCAGAGAGCAGCAUCACGCAGAGCUCCAUGGCAGACUGCAGCGGCCCCUCGCUCAGCACCAUGGUGUAGGGUACGUGUCCAGACUGCGCUCUACUACAUGUUGGAGGAUGUAGGACUCGAGGAAGAUUUCCUGUUCAGAGCAAAGACUUCAGACAUUAACCAAAAGACGAUUGUUUGGGGUUUUUAUUCAGCGUUUUUUCAGCUUGAGCGUCACAUGUAAAUACUUCCGUCAGCCAUCGGUUGAUGUCGUGGAGGGCCGACAGAGCACCUCUCUCUGAGGUUUACACUGGCAUGUGUCGAUCACCACACUUUGAACGAAUGAACCGGUCGACGAACAGACUUUUUAGGCCUUAGUGGUGUAAUCAAGACGACCUGACGUUCUCACUGGAAUCGUGUCCCACACACUGACUCUUUCCUGGCACAAAGAAGCUAUUUUUCCUUGACUCAUUACUGCUCUGUCUAAACUGACCCUUGGGUGGUCGUCUCUGCGGGAAGGAUCCGUUUAGACGUGAGCGGUACCAUGUUACUAGGAGUUCUGUGACGUCUGGUUUUUACAUUUUCUGUCUGUCAGAUCAGUAGCACAAACUCAAAAAACGAAGGAAAAAAAAACAUUUGAUUCUUUUAGAUGGAGGUACGAGUUUCAGCCUUUUUUAAGUGUCCUGCUGUGGCAUGGUGAUGCAAAUCCAUCGCCUCGUUUUUGGAAAAGAAUGUCAGAAGCGUUUGAGAGUCUUUUGGGAGGUGAACUUUGUCGAAAAACGGAUUUAGGUGUGAUCAACGUCACAUUUGCUCAAGUCUCAAAGAGUGAAUCUCAUGAAAGCUGUGAAGAAAUGACCCGUUUUUACCGAAAGAAAAAAAUAAGAGAUUAUAUUUUGCAUAGAAGCUUAUUCAACCAUGAAUCAUUACGUCAAAAAUAUUCAGUGGUCCACAAUAUUUCAAACACAUUUCGUUUAUUUCAUGACUGUAAUGCUGAAAAAAAUUUUUUUAAUUAAAUUAAAAAAUAACGUACUUGUGCAU